AUGGCUCGUCCUCUGUUAGCCAUCCUCGUCCUCCUCCUCUCAUCAGCUGCAACCCUAGCUGAUAGCACUACUGACACGGACAGAGAUGCUCUGCUCUGCCUCAAGUCCGGCCUCCACAGCCCCACCGGAGCUCUGGCCACAUGGAACAACAACACCUCGCCGGAUUUCUGCACCUGGCACGGCGUCGCAUGCACAACAAGCACAAGGGAACCACCUCUCGUGGUGGCCUUGAACAUGGAGUCGGAGGGCCUUGCUGGUGAGAUCCCAUCCUGCAUCUCCAACCUCACUUCUCUGGUAAGGAUCCACCUGCCUAACAACCAGCUCUCCGGCCGCAUUCCACGGGAGCUCGGCCAUCUCUCCGGGCUCCGGUACCUUAACCUUAGCUUCAACGCGCUGAGCGGCACCAUACCGUCCAGCCUCGGCAUGCUUAACCACCUUUCUUCUCUUGACCUGGGCAGCAACGGAUUUUCCGGUGAGAUUCCGCCGCUGUUGCCUUCGAAACUCACGUACCUAGAUCUCGCCAGGAAUAGCCUUACCGGGGUCGUGCCGCCAUCAGUAGCAAACCUCUCGUUCCUUUCCACACUCUAUCUCGCAGAUAACCAGUUGCAAGGAUCCAUUCCAGAUUUGGGUAAACUUUCGGGCCUGCAAAUUCUCGGUCUCUCGUAUAACAGUUUGUCAGGAAUAGUGCCCCCCUCCAUUUACAAUUUGUCUUCAUUGAAUUUUCUUGGGCUGGCUAACAAUAAUCUUGGAGGAACACUGCCUUUCGAUAUUGGUAACACACUUCCCAAUAUCCAAACAUUGAUGAUGGGUAAUAAUAAUUUUGAGGGAGACAUACCUUCCCUACUAACAAAUGCCUCUGCCAUGAUGUAUAUCCAUCUAGGCAACAACUCUCUUACUGGGGUGGUUCCUUCUUUUAGCUCCAUGAAAAAUUUGGAGUACGUAAUGUUGUACUCAAAUCAUCUAGAGGCUGGAGACUGGUCAUUCUUCUCCUCUUUGGCAAACUGUACACAACUUCGGAAACUUAAUGUGGGUAGGAACAACUUGCGUGGGGAUUUGCCAGUAAAUUCCCUGGAAAAUCUGCCCAAAAGCUUGACAGCUCUGACUCUUCGGUACAACAACAUCUUUGGCACAAUACCCUUGGAGGUUGGAAACAUGUCUAGCCUUUCCAUUCUCUAUCUUGAUAAAAAUCUUUUCAUGGGACCUAUACCUUCUACCGUUGGUCAGCUACACAACCUGGUCGUGCUUAGCCUGUCAAAAAAUAAUUUUUCAGGAGAGAUACCUCCUUCCAUUGGCAAACUAAAUCAACUGCAAGAGCUUUACCUGCAAGAAAAUCAGUUGGGUGGAAGCAUACCUGAAAGUCUAGGCAGUUGCCAUAACUUGUUGGCACUGAAUCUUUCGUAUAAUACCUUUGGUGGAAGCAUAAAUGGACAAAUGUUUGGCAGAUUGAAUCAGUUGAGUUGGCUACUUGAUCUUUCACACAAUGAACUUGCAAUGUCCAUACCACUACAGAUGGGUAGGCUGAUAAACCUUGGUUCAUUGAGCCUAUCUCACAACAAUCUCACAGGCAGAAUCCCGUCCACGCUUGGCCAGUGUGUCCGGUUGGAACUGCUUCGUGUAGAAGGAAACCUCCUACAAGGAAGCAUACCACAAUCACUAGCAAGUCUCAAAGGCAUCCAAGUGUUAGAUUUCUCCCAUAACAAUAUAUCUGGUAUAAUCCCAGAGUUCCUGGCAACUUUCACUUCAUUGCGGUAUCUAAAUAUGUCCUUCAACAACUUGGAAGGGCUAGUUCCCAUUGGUGGAGUAUUUGAUAAUAAGAGUGGUAUUUUUGUACAAGAAAAUCCUCAUCUUUGCUCAAGUGUUGCAACAGAAGAGCUUCCUCGGUGCUUUGCUUCGGUAACCAUAAAUAAGCACAAGUUCAUCAUUCCAGUGGUGAUAACUCUAUCAACUCUUGCUGCACUAGCUUCAAUCAUGGGGAUGUUAAAUUUCUGGUUAAAGAGGAGGUGCAGAUCCAGUAAGAGCAUUGACCCUUGCUACAUGGAUUUGAAGAGGAUAUCGUACUGUGAUGUAAGAAAAGCAACAGAUAGAUUUUCUAUAGACAACGUAGUUGGUAUGGGGAAAUUUGGGGUAGUCUAUAAAGGUUGGUUCGACGCACGAGACGGCACGGUUGCUGUGAAAGUAUUCAAGCUCAAUCAACAUGGCGCACCGCAAACCUUCAUUGCUGAGUGCAAGGCGUUGCAACAUAUCCGUCAUCGGAAUAUCGUGAAGGUGAUAACUGCAUGCUCAACUAAUGACCUAGUGGGAAAUGAGUUCAAAGCUCUAGUCUUUGUGUAUAUGGCCAAUGGGAGCCUUGAAAACCGACUUCAUAAGCAGUGUGGUGAUUUGAGUUUAGGGGCAGUGAUAUGCAUAUCAGUUGACAUUGCUUCUGCUCUCGAUUACCUCCAUAACGAGUGCAUCCCACCAAUUGUUCACUGUGAUAUGAAGCCAAGCAACAUACUUUUCGACGAAGACGAUAUUGCACAUGUCAGUGACUUUGGUCUAGCAAGGCUAAUUUGUAGCUGUUCAUCUGGAGUGCAGAGCAGUGCAACAAGCAUAUUUGGCCCAAGGGGGACUAUUGGUUACAUACCUCCCGAGUAUGGCCUAGCAAGUGAAAUCUCAACAGAGGGCGAUGUCUAUAGCUAUGGCAUUGUCCUUUUGGAAAUGCUAACACGGAAACAACCUACUCAUGAAGAAUUCGGUUAUGGCUUUACACUCCACAAGUAUGUCGAAGCAUCACUUUCACAGAUUGAAGACAUUCUUCACCCUAGCCUUACUUCAGAAAUGGGAGGUGAACAUGUCAAUCAUAUGCCACACAUGCAAGGACACAAGGCAUUUACACAGAAGAAUAUAUGUGCUCUCCGGCUCCUUAAACUCGGCCUGUUAUGCUCUGCAGAAUCAUCGAAAGAUCGCCCAACAAUGCAUGAUGUAUACAGUGAAGUAACCAAAGUAAAAGAGGAUUUUCUCUCUCUAUGA